AUGUCGUGGACAAAAAGUGCGUCACGGUUGGUGGUCGCAUUAGGUCUCGUCUCUCAGGCGUCGGCGUUUUUGAAUGCCACAGAGACUUCGACUCAGUUGACUCUUGCAAAUGAUAGAUUCUCCGCCACUUUGAGCAAGUCCGGUGGUGCGAUUAAGCAAAUGUUCUUGGACGGACAAGAUCUGUUAGGAACGGGAUCAACAUAUCUCGAUUGCUACUGUACUCCUUCUGGAUUCUAUACUCCUGGUUCAAAAAGUCCCACAUACAAGCUUCUGAAGGGAGUGGAUUCCACCAAAACGCCAUGGGGAGGAAUGGUCCUAAGUGAGGUCUACGCUCCCACUGGUCAGAUGCUUGAGCAGUACUGGUUCUUGCGAGAAGGCGAAACAGGAUUACACUCAUUUAGUCGACUGGCAUACUACAACAAGACUACACCAUUUCUUCGAAAUCUUCAGGAAUUUCGAACACUGUUUCGACCCAGCACCCCACUGUGGACUGAUCUAAUCACGAACGAAAUUCAAUAUGCUCCGCUUCCAUCGAAGAACGCUACCGCCGCCCAGGUUGUUGUUCAGGAUGCCACCUGGUAUCUCGGCAAGACACCUAAUGAUCCGUAUGUUGUACAGCAGUCCGAUUAUUUUACCAAAUACACCUUUGCGGACACAUGGAGAGAUCACAGCGUCCAUGGUAUGUAUGCAGAUGGUUCACAGAGUAAGGAUGGAUCUACCUUCGGUUCGUGGCUUGUCAUGAAUACCAAAGAUACAUAUUUCGGUGGUCCUCUGCAUUCAGAUCUCGUCGUUGACGGUAUUGUAUAUAAUUACAUUGUGUCGAACCAUCACGGUGAUGGAACUCCUAACAUCACAGAUGGAUUUGACCGUACCUUUGGACCUUUCUUCUACUAUUUCAACAAAGGUGCUCCAACAGCAUCGAUGGCUGAUCUUCGCAAAGAUGCGCUCAAAUACUACUCGCCAACCUGGAACACAGCUUUCUAUGAUUCCAUCGCCCAAUACGUGCCCAACUACGUUCCAUCUUCCGGUCGAGCAACAUGGAAGGGCAAAAUCAAUCUCCCAAAAGGAGCCAAGAAACCAAUCGCAGUACUCGCCCAAAACCGCGUUGAUUUUCAGGAUAAUGCAGAAGACACGAAGGCAUACCAAUACUGGGCCGAUGUGGACCCCAAGAGUGGUGAGGUGUCCAUCCCAUCUGUGAAAGCUGGCACAUACCGCUUGACGGUUUAUGCCGAGGGUAUUUUCGGCCAGUUUACACAGGAUGAUAUCAAAAUUGAAGCCGGAAAAACGCGCACCACAAAAGCCAAAUGGUCAGAAGAGAGUGCGGGGACAGAAAUCUGGCGAAUUGGUACUCCAGAUAAGAGCAGCGGAGAAUACAAACAUGGUUACGAGAGAGAGCCAUCAAAGACAUUACACCCAGAACAAUACCGCAACUACUGGGCUGUCCACGACUUUCCGAAUGACUUCCCAGAAGGCGUUACAUUUGAAGUUGGCAAGAGCAAGGAGGUUGAAGACUUUAACUAUGUCCACUGGAGCGUCUUUGGUGGAUAUGGCAACUCCAUCCGAACCACACCGUAUUGGGAAAAUGUCAACAAUUGGACUGUUCUGUUUGACAUGAAGAAGAAGCAAUUCCACAAGAAAGACAAAGCCACGCUGACUAUCCAAUUGGCCGGUGCUAAAACGGCGGCGGGUAAUACGGAUAUCUAUAAUGCAUCUGAACCGUAUUCGAACUUACCAUACACAGUUGUAGUUAAUGGCAAGGAGCUAAAACCGUGGAUUAUUCCAUACUACCAAAGCAGCUCUUGUGCGGUUCGAUCCGAAGUUAUCUGCUAUAAUCUCGCUCACAAAUUCGCGUUUGACCCAGAGAUACUGAAAGAUGGAAAGAAUGAGAUGAUUCUGAGUUUGCCGCCUAAUGCUACGAAUUAUGAGAGUGCGCUGUUGACGCAGAGUACAUAUGUACAGUAUGAUGCUUUACGACUUGAGAUUGAUUAA